AUGGCUCUCAUAUCAAAUCUUGUUUUUCUAUCUUCCAUUUUCCUUUUUAACCUUAUCGACAUUCCAUUCUUGAUUACAAACGCUCAAUCAUCAUGCAACGGACCAUGCAAAACUUUUAACGAUUGUUCUGGUCAACUCAUUUGCAUCAACGGCAAAUGCAACGAUGACCCUGACGUUGGGACACACAUAUGCACCAAACCUUCACCAUCACCACCGAGCGGUGGUAGUGGUGGUGGCAACUGCCAGUCCUCCGGAACCCUACAAUGCAAAACAAAAUCAUACCCUCAAUAUAGAUGCUCUCCACCGGUUUCCUCUUCCACACAAGCAUCACUCACGUUUAAUGAUUUCAGUGAAGGUGGAGAUGGAGGAGGUCCGUCUAAGUGUGAUAAUCAAUACCAUGACAACUCAGAAAGAGUGGUGGCAUUGUCAACUGGGUGGUACAACGGAGGUUCGAGAUGUGGGAAAAUGAUUAGAAUCACGGCGAGGAAUGGGAAGAGUACGACGGCAAAAGUGGUGGACGAAUGUGAUUCAGUGAAUGGGUGCGAUCCAGAGCACGCAGAUCAGCCGCCAUGUCAUAACAAUAUUGUGGAUGGAUCAGUGGCAGUGUGGAAUGCGUUGGGAUUGAAUACAGAUGUGGGUGUUGAGCAAGUUACAUGGUCAAUGACUUGA